AACUGAUCUCUUCUUCUGUUCUCAUAGUACAGUACAGUAGAGAAGAAGGGAGAGACAUACAUGGCUUCUCGUCUCUCUUCUUCCCUCACACUCUCAAACUUCUCUCCGCUGCAUUGCAACCCUCCCUCCAAGAACCGCUUUGAAAGGCUACUGCUUCGCCUUGGGUAAAGAUGUGUAGCUGUAUUAUAUGCCUGCUCGUUUUGCAGCUCCAAAUUUACAGCAAGUUGGAUUUCAAGUCAAAUCCAGAUUGGAUGAUGAGAGCUUCUCUCGCAGUAUCGUUGAUCAGCCAUCAGAGCAGAUCAAUCCAGAGGAAUCUAACACCACAACGUCUCGUCGUCAAUGUCUUACCUGUUUGUGUUCAACCGUAGCUUUGAUAGUAGCUCCAGGAACAUUUGAUUCGGAUCGCAAAGCAAAAGCUUUGGAUGGUAAUGAAAAAGCAGUGUGUCGCAAUUGCGGGGGCAGUGGUGCUGUAAUCUGUGAUAUGUGUGGUGGUACAGGAAAAUGGAAAGCUCUGAACCGAAAACGGGCAAAGGAUGUCUAUGAGUUUACAGAGUGUCCAAAUUGCUACGGUCGAGGGAAGCUAGUGUGCCCCGUAUGUUUAGGGACAGGUUUGCCGAAUAACAAAGGUCUUCUUAGGAGGCCGGAGGCACGGCAGUUGCUUGACAAGAUGUAUAAUGGCCGUUUGUUGCCCAAAUCCUAGAAUCAACAAGCUUCACCUUGGUGCUGUUCUCGCUGUUCACCAGUGCAAGUUUCUCGAGUGUAGUUUUAAGUUUUGAUACUUCAUCAUCUUCAACUGUGUUCCCCCUCCUAACUGGUUUCCGUGCUCGAUGAACUGUGGAUUUAGCCUGUGGAGAAUGCAUGUGCCUUUUCAGUCUUGCGCUUAGUGCCUCUAUGGAAGAGUGCAAGGCAUCCAACUCGAUUCCAGUAAAUUUAUCUGCACAGAUAUAAGAACCCAUCGUAUGAAUAUACUAAUGAACAUCUUUUUUUAUCAUAUCAAGAGUUUCUGUA